AUGGGGAGUUUGGCUUGUUUGAUCGAGUCAGAGCGUCUGUUGGCCAGGGAGGUUCAAAAUCUGGCUAAUAGUUUAAUGAGGCUUGAUGUGUCUGGUUCGGGGAGAGUAUUGGAUUGUAUUAAGGCGAGAUCAUCGUUACUGGAGCAGAUUAAGGCCAGACAGUUCGAGGAUGCGAGUUUGAGUAAGAUUCAUGAUAAAGUCUUACGUCAAGAGGCCAAGGAGGCCGUGAUUGAUGAUGAGGGUAUCUUAAGAAUCAAGGGCCGUGUUUGUGUUUCCCGUGUUGAUGAUUCGAUUAAGACCAUUUUAGCCGAGGCUCAUAGUUCUAGAUAUUCCAUUCACCCUGGUGCUACCAAGAUGUACCGUGACUUAAGACAACACUAUCUUUUGAGGGAGUCACUAGAUAAAGUCAAGGUGAUUCAGGAAAAGCUCUUGGCAGCUCAGAGUAGGCAGAAAGAGUACGCGGAUCGAAAGGUCCGAGAUCUUGAGUUCAUUGUUGGAGAACAGGUCGUAUUGAAGGUCUCACCUAUGAAGAGUGUGACGAGAUUUGGGAAAAAGGGUAAGCUUAGUCCCAGAUUCAUUGGUCAGUUUGAGAUUCUCAAUCAUGUGAGGGAUGUGUAG